CAUAUAGAAGAGAACACGAACAUAGUCUAACUAUAAAUAUUAACCUAAUUUUGCAAAAUCUAACUUAAAUUGCAUUUUCGCAUAUAUGUGAUUUUUUCCUUUAAAUUUUCCAAAUUGUUAAUUCUUAUGAAUAAAAUUAUAGAUUUUUCAAAUUAAAUAAUUAUUUUUUUAUUGUAUUAUAAUUUAAAAACCAGAAAACCAACAAAUAUAUCAUUAUUGUAAAUUUUAACAAUCUGAAUUUUUUGAAAAUAUUGUAUAUUCUUUUUGAAAAAUUAUUACAAAUUAAAAACUAUUUAUUAAGAAACAGUUAAAAAUAAAUUUGUUUUUAAAAUGCAUGUUAGGAGUAUAAAAAUAGCUGAAUACUCUUUUAGAGUGUUAUCAAUUAUUGGAGUCUGGAAGCCGAUAUCUUUCACAUCUGUUUGGCAAAUACGUCUUUAUAAUAUAUAUAGUGCUAUUGUAUUCUCAUUUAAAUACUUCUUUACAUUUACAUUUUUGAUUAAUCUUUAUCAAAAUAGACAUAACCCUGAAGUGUAUAUAGAAAAUUUUUUUUUCUUUACAAGUUGUUUUUUAGUAGCGUUUAAAGUAACUUAUUUCAAGAUUUAUCGAGAAAAUAUAGUUUCCUUAACAAAUAUGCUUUUACAAAACAAAUGCCUAUCUCGUAAUGAUAAAGAAGCUGCAAUUUACAACAAGUGUAAAGAGAAACAGCGAUUACAUGAACGUCUUUUUGUGACUUGUAUUUUCUUCACAUCCACAAUAUAUGUAUUAUGGUCAUUGAUAAAUAUAACACUACCAGUUAAAAGUUGGGUUCCUUAUGCUAUUAACUCGAAGACAAUAUUUUGGAUAACAUAUUUAUAUCAGUGUUGUGGUGUUUAUCUUGAGGUAUUAUUGUACACUGCAACAGAAUUGCUUUUAACAAUAUUGAUGCAACAUAUUUGCACUCAACUUGAAAUUUUUAUCAUUCGACUAUUCGAAAUUACAAAUUUAAGGAUAACCGAAUAUGUGAAAAUUGAUGUUUUACAAGAAGAGUGUAACAUUGUAAAGGAUUGUGUAGAUCAUCAUGUGUUUAUUUUCUCAAUGGAAAAACAAUUAAAUGAUAUUUUUGGUUUAUUGAUUUCUCUUCAGUUCUUUGUUUCUGUAUUAAAUUUAUGUACUACUGGAUUUUAUAUAACGAAAGUUAAUGCAAGUGGUGCAUAUUUUUGGUUUUCAAUUAUGAUAAUGGGUUGUUUUAUUUUUCAAAUAUUUACACACUGUUAUUUAGGAGAGGAAAUAACAAGAAAGAGUUUGUCUGUUGCUGAUGAAAUAUACCAAAUGGAUUGUAACGUAUUAAGUCUAGAAACAAAACAAAAAUUGAUAAUGAUAAUGAUGAGAGCCAGACGUCCCAUACAACUUACUGGUUUUUCAGUUGUUGUGUUGUCUAUAGAAACAUUUUUUAAGGUUUUAAAGGCAUCUUAUUCAUCCUAUAACUUAUUGAGGAAUACAAAUUGAAAAAUGUGACUUCACAAAAUCCUAUAUGCAAACUGUGAUUUACCGUUAUUGAGUAUCUGAAAUGAUUUACUCCAUCAAAUGAAAAAAUUAUGGGCCGCAUGAUCAUUGCUUAAUUGACAUGUAACCGAAAUGUAAUUUAACCGAAAUGCAUACGACAUGCAUGUCAUUUAACCAAAAUUAUACGUAACAAAACUCUCAGUUGACCUACACGACAAAUAACAGAACUGACAUUUGAUGUACACGACAAGUUACAAAACUAACAUUUGAUCUACACAACAUGUAACAAAACUGUCAUUUGAUAUACCUACAAAUUUAAGCGCGAAUUUCAAAAUUGACAAAUCACAAUUUUAAUAAUAAUUUUUAAUUGGUCAAUUUUGAAAUUCGCACUAAAAUAUGUAAGUCAAAUGACAGUUUUGUUACAUGGCAUUUCAGUCAAAUCACAUUUUGGUUACAUGUCAUAAUUGGGCAAUAAUCAUGCGCCCCAAAAUUAUCGAUUAUUUUUAUGGAGUGACUAUCGAUAAUCACUAUUAAAAAAAACAAUAAUUUUUUAAGAGUGACUAUACUGAAAACAAUGGAAUUUUGUUGUCUUACAAAAUUUUUAAACUAAUUAUCCGGGAUCGAUUGUUAUACUCAUUUUAAGGCAAUUAUUCUAGAACACUGAGAAAAAUAGAUGGUAAGAUUUUGAUGGUUAAAAGU